AUGGCAUUCAACAAGCUGUGGAACCUGCCUGAGGAGCUGUCUGGCACCCAGUCUGCGCUGGACCUCGCACUGUGGGUACCUGAGCGUGCCCGGGGUCUCUCGGGGCAGAAAGCAUCAGUUCUUUGCUGUUUUGUGGUUCAUAAGAGAUGCCAUGAGUUUGUUACCUUCUCUUGUCCUGGGGCUGACAAGGGACCCGACACGGACGAUCCCAGAAGCAAGCACAAAUUUAAGAUCCACACGUAUGGCAGCCCCACCUUCUGCGACCAUUGUGGGUCACUGCUUUACGGGCUGCUGCACCAGGGGAUGAAAUGUGACACCUGCGAUAUGAACGUUCAUAAGCAAUGCGUAAUAAAUGUCCCGAGCCUCUGCGGCAUGGAUCACACAGAGAAAAGAGGAAGGAUUUACCUGAAAGCCGAAGUCACUGGUGACAAACUGGAAGUAACCGUGCGAGAAGCAAAAAACCUAAUUCCCAUGGAUCCCAAUGGACUUUCAGAUCCUUAUGUUAAACUGAAGCUCAUCCCAGAUCCUAAGAAUGAAAGUAAACAAAAAACAAAAACCAUCCGUUCUACUCUGAACCCAGACUGGAAUGAGUCGUUCACAUUUAAGUUAAAACCUACAGACAAAGAUCGACGGUUAUCCGUAGAGGUCUGGGACUGGGAUCGAACAACCAGAAAUGAUUUCAUGGGAUCUCUCUCAUUUGGGGUGUCAGAGCUGAUGAAAAUGCCAGCCAGUGGAUGGUACAAGCUGCUGAAUCAAGAAGAAGGUGAAUAUUACAAUGUUCCAAUUCCAGAUGCUGAUGAAGAUGGAAAUGCAGAGCUCCGACAGAAGUUUGAGAAAGCCAAACUUGGGCCAGCUGGUAACAAAGUCAUUACUCCAACAGAAGACAAGAACUCAAGUGUGCCAUCCAACAAUCUGGACAGGGUGAAGCUGACAGAUUUCAACUUUCUCAUGGUUCUUGGAAAGGGGAGCUUUGGGAAGGUGAUGCUGGCAGACAGGAAGGGAACAGAGGAGCUCUAUGCAAUCAAAAUACUGAAAAAAGAUGUAGUGAUUCAGGAUGAUGAUGUUGAAUGUACAAUGGUUGAAAAACGAGUCCUGGCACUGCAAGAUAAACCACCGUUUCUGACACAGCUUCACUCUUGUUUCCAAACAGUUGACCGUCUGUAUUUUGUUAUGGAGUAUGUGAAUGGUGGUGAUCUCAUGUAUCACAUUCAGCAAGUAGGAAAAUUUAAGGAGCCACAAGCAGUGUUCUAUGCAGCCGAGAUCUCAGUUGGGUUAUUCUUUCUCCAUAACAGAGGAAUUAUUUAUAGAGAUCUGAAAUUAGAUAAUGUGAUGUUGGAUUCUGAAGGACACAUUAAAAUUGCUGAUUUUGGAAUGUGCAAAGAACAUAUGUUAGAUGGAGUAACAACCAGGACCUUCUGUGGCACUCCAGACUACAUUGCUCCAGAGAUUAUCGCUUACCAGCCCUAUGGGAAGUCUGUGGAUUGGUGGGCGUACGGAGUGCUGCUCUACGAGAUGUUGGCUGGCCAGCCUCCAUUUGAUGGGGAAGAUGAAGAUGAACUUUUCCAGUCCAUAAUGGAGCAUAAUGUUUCCUAUCCAAAAUCACUGUCCAAAGAAGCUGUUUCCAUCUGCAAGGGGCUAAUGACUAAACAUCCCGCAAAACGCCUUGGCUGUGGCCUUGAAGGUGAAAGAGACAUCAGGGAACAUGCUUUCUUCAGGAGAAUUGACUGGGAGAAACUGGAAAGUAGAGAGAUCCAGCCACCUUUCAAACCUAAAGUGUGUGGCAAAGGUGCCGAAAACUUCGAUAAAUUCUUUACACGAGGACAGCCGGUGUUAACACCUCCGGAUCAGCUGGUCAUUGCUAACAUAGACCAAACAGAUUUUGAAGGGUUCUCUUACGUCAACCCCCAGUUCGUGCACCCCCUUUUACAAAAUGUAGCAUGA